AGAGUUUUGCACUUCGGAAUUUUCUGAGCAUUCAGUGCCCAUCGAGUGACAAUUGAGUUUAGCUAGUUUACUUGAUUAUUUCUGAUAAACGUUUUAUCAAGAUGUCACAAAAAGAUUCUCCAAUACCGGGAAAUUCGCAUGGGUUAGGAUCACUACCAAAGCGUGCUAAUGUUGGUGAAAAGGAAAUUGAAUUUAUUUCUAAAUGCUACAACGAAUGUAAUAGCAAAGAGUGGCCUGAAAUCCUACAGUACUGCAAAGAAAGAAUCCUAGAGGCACAACUCCCUCAUCAUGUCGUGGCACUCUAUCUGCAGAGCCCACUGGCAAGUCGACUGAUAACCAAAAUGAAGAACAUUUUAAAGAAAAUGUUGGCUUCCCCGACUGAACCAAUAGACUCCAUGAAGUAUGCAGAGAAGAAAACACCUUCCCAGAGAAGACAAGCAGUGAAGGACAAAUAAGAGGGAGGGUAUGUUGCGUUAUCAUCAUGCGAGAGCGAGUUUGAUGAAAAAGAUGACUGCAUUGCCGGUACGAACAAGGUAUCUAAAAAGAGGAAGGUUGACAAUGCAGCAGAAACCCAAGCUGCACAUAAGAAAAUGUGCGAAAAGGCUUUGGAAACGAUGAGUAAAGUAGAUGCCGUUUUAAGCAAGGUGGACAAAUAUCUAGAUAAGAAUAACUAGGCUAUUGAAAAAUGGAAUCAAAUCUUCAGUCUCGACUGUUAUAGCGAGCUGGUAUAUCGUCACUUCUACUAAAAGAUUUGUAAUUUAU